AUGCUGAAAGAAGAGACGCAGCCGCAGGACGUGGCGUAUUCCGACGACGAGGUUGGCUCGGAACAUGCGUACGGAGGUGGUGACGACGAGUUCGUCGAUGAAGAUAAAGAACAAGUAGCCGUCAAACAGGAUAGCCCUGAUACAGAGGACGCAGACCAGUAUGAUGUUGAAUUUGACAAUGAUGACCGGACCGAACCAGGUACCGGCUCACAGACAUUAGCGACCGACAAUACUCCGCUUGAUCAAAUGCCGGCAAAAGCAGACACAGCAGGAGAUGAUCCGCAGGAAAAUGGAGACGCAUACGAUGGAGAGUUUGACGAGGAAGACCACCCUUCAGUUGCUACAGAUUCACCGCCAUUUGAGACUGCCGAAACUCUUGUCGAAGAUAUACCAACCGAUGCGGACCCAAUUUUGAUCGACGACGAAGAUUACGGUGGAGAAUUUGAUAAUGAUGAUCCAGUCGUACCUGAUGCUACACCACCAGCAGCAGUUCAUUACGACACUACCAUGGAUCGAACUCCAACAGCUGAAGAUUUAAAAACUAUGGAGUCGCAGGAUAACAAAGAAAAUGGAGAAGUGCUAUUGGACCCGGAAAAGCCCAACGGCCACGAUCAAACUGAGAUCGAAGAUAGUGAAGCGGAAUACUCGAAUGAUUUGGAAAAUGAUGCGCCUCCACAUGUAGAGCUACCGAAGAAUGCUGUCAGUACUCCCAGUGAAGGCAACACAACACAGCUGAACGACCGAGACAGCCACAUCACCGUGGAGAGCGGCGAUGGAGCAAACCUGGAUAAAGCCGACCGCGUCAAAAGCAGACGUAGUUCCGCAACAUUAGGCUCUAGCACCCCUACGAAUGAGUCAACUCGAAACCUGAACAACAAGUUUGAGUCGAAUUCAACCCCGAAUAACGAUGAUAACUAUACUGACGAGAUGGAAGAUGAAUUUCAUACUGGAUCCAACAUCCCUGAAAUCGAUGCAGAGGAUAAGUUCGACGAUGAAAUACAUGCAUGCGCUUAUGACAUUGACGAAUUAAAAGACGACGGGAGACGCGAGACUGAGAUGUUACUCCAAGAAGCCAGUGCAUUGCUCGAGUUGCAGCAAUACGAGAGUAAUAACAACAAACUACCUUUGCAACCGCAGGAGAUUAUAUCAUCUGACAUGAUGAUUCAACAGGGGAAUAAUGCAGGCGAAAUUCCGGGGGAACUAGACACAUAUAUAGGGGAAAACAACGAGAAUAUGGCUGAAAAUCAUGCAUCUCCUUAUGAUGCUGACGAGUUUGUCGAUGCUGACGCCGACGCAGAGACUACAAAACAAGAAACUCUACAACAGGAAAGAUCAGAAGAUGGUGAAAUUGAACAAUACGAAUUAGAUGUGGAUGAAUUCGAGGACCAGGAAGCGACAAUUCCACGUCAUGACGACCUACAGGAGCCCGUAGAGGCUGGCAAUUCAGAGAAAGCUACUAGUACACAUGAUACUUUACCACAAAGCGCGGACACGAUUGAUUCGCAGCCCAACAGUGAGACGGCCGAGAAAAGUGUAAACAAAACGAAAGAUGAAGCGGUAAUCGUGUCACCGAUCGAAGCAGCUCCAGGACCUGCAAACUUUCUAUCUGUCGAUUCUCCCGUAAAACCGAUUACAAUAAACAGGAUGAGAAGGAGCCUUCUAACGCGAAAGAAUCACCAAAGCUGA